UUAUUUGCCAACAAAUAUAAUUCGUUCAAUUUAAUCAACAUUCCUUCUAUCUUAGAUAGCAACCUGCAGUGUUUGACUGCGACUCUAUGUCUGCUAAGAUAAGGAGCUUCACAAAUUCUAAAAGCAAUCGCAUUGAAAAACAGAUACCAUCAUUUUUCUCAAUACUUUUUACGGUAUAUUGACAAAUUUCUGAUUUGAACAAGCUCUUCACUUCUCUCGACACAGACUUGAAAAGUUACCAAAAUGGCAGCUACGUUUAAUGCAGUAGAAGAGUACGUAAAUACCAACGAAGAAACUCUUAAAAAACAUAAUGAAAGCUUGGAUAGAAUGAAAAAAGAAACGGCUAAUAGAGAAAAUGAAGGCAGGAAGUUAUUGAAUUCAUUACCUGAGCUCCUUCAAAUGGACAUUUCUUUGGCAACACAAAGUCUCAGAAAAAAAAUCGAAGAAAAUGCGAAGAACAAUGCGAAUCUGCAAGAGCAAAUUGGGGAAAAAGACAAGCAAAUUAAGAACUUGGAAAAGGAAAUUAAGGAAAAAGACAAGCAAAUUAAGAACUUGGAAAAGCGAAUUGAGGACUUGCAAAAAAGCGAUGAGGAAAAAGAAAAUAAAAUUGAGGACAUGCAAAAGCAAAUUAAGGAAAAAAACAAGCAAAUUGCGAAGUUGAAAAAGCAAGUUGAGGACCUGCAAAAGAGUGAUGAUGAAAAAACAAAGACAAUUAAAAAAAUGGAAGGACGUAUUACCGACAACGUAGUGGAAAUUGAGACAUUGAACAGUAAAAUUAACGAAAUUCAAAAGAUCAUCCAUAAAGACCCCGAUUUAAAAUAAUUACCAAAAGAACACUAUUAUUACCUUAAUUACACAGACAUACUACAUCAACGUAUUCAAUUUAACUUAUACAGCUAUCAUGCAUGAAUAAUAAUGCACCACUCUGUUAUUUUCUGCUAGUCUAUAACUUUAAAUAUACAAAAAUUGCACAUGCAUAAAAAGCACUUCAAUAAUGUACUCAAACAGUGAACAAAAGUAAAAGAUAAUAUCCACAAUUGUCAUUUUGCAACUUUUGUAAACAUCUAUUGAUUAUUUCUGAUUAUUUCUAGCAUUAAAAUAAAUGUCUUAGAAAUUGA